AUGACCAAACCUGUUUCAACUCUACUCGAAUCGAACAUUGGAACGCAAAACCACUCGCUUCCGAAACUGGAAAUACGAUGCAAGGACCUCUCAGUAAUUACCGAGUCUGAAGAAGUGAAUUCGUCGGCGUUGCCGUCCAUUUGGAACCGUGUCAAGAACGCGGCUACCAAAUUCGCUAGAAGUUCCACUCAACGCCGCGUGCUGAACCAAGUGAACGCUGUGUUCAAACCUGGAACUCUCACACUGGUAGUCGGCCAGCCAGGAUCGGGAAAGUCAAUUCUCAUGAAAGUACUGAGUGGUCAACUUCCCAUGGGAAAGAAUAUCACAGUGGAAGGCAACAUUUCGUACAGCGGAUUGGCAUGGAAAGAAGUGUUACCAAAGUUGCCACAACUAGCCGCUUACGUGCCGCAAAGCGACCAACAUUUUCCUUCACUUACAGUGCAGGAAACCCUCGAGUUUGCCCGUGUCUGCUGUGCUGGAGAUACACCAUCGAGAGACAUUAUUGGUCAGCUUGGGCUACAAACUUGCCGAGACACAAAACUUGGCAAUGGCAUGACUCGUGGAGUCUCUGGUGGAGAACAGCGACGCGUGACGACUGGAGAAAUGGCAAUUGGCAAUAAAUGUGCCUUUUUCAUGGACGAAAUCAGCACUGGCCUUGACAGUGCCACAACUUUCGACAUCGUCCGGAAACAGCGCGAAAUUGCGAAGCAGCAACACAAAACGUUUGUCAUGGCUCUUCUGCAGCCUGCACCUGAGGUUUUCGAGCUCUUUGACAGCAUUUUGUUGCUGAAUGAGGGCGAGGUUGUCUAUCACGGACCACGGGACCAAGUUUUGCCUUAUUUCCAGACACUUGGCCUGUUGUGUCCUCUUGACGUCGACGUCGCUGACUUUCUAUCGGAUAUUGGCACAAAACAGCAGCGGCAAUAUGAAUCUGGUCGAUCUAUAUCUACGCGAGUUCCAAAAUUUGGAGGUGAAUUGGCAGAUUGUUUCAGACGAUCUUCAAUUUUCAUGAAAACGAUGAGAAUUUUGGAUACUCCGUGUACUAUCGAGCAAUUCCAUGACGCCGUGCAACACUUGAUGAAAACACCAACAUUCCGACAAUCGUUCUUGGUUAGCACACUGUUGCUAAUUCGUCGCCAAAUGACGAUAUCAUUUCGCAACAAGGAGUUUCUUUGUGUACGUGGAGUGAUGGUGGUGAUUGGAGGUGUUAUUUACGGGACAACAUUUUUCCGAGCUGACCUCACCAACGUUCAAGUGACAAUGGGAAUUGUAUAUCAGACUGCAAUUUUCUUGUCAGUGGGGCAGUCAUCUGAAAUUCCUACAUUCAUCGCAGCACGGGAGAUUUACUACAAGCAACGCCGUGCCAAUUUCUAUCGCACGUCUUCGUUCGUGAUUGCGUAUCUAACAGCAGCGUUACCUGUGCUCGUGAGUGAAUGCGUUAUUUUCGGGUCGUUGGUGUACUGGAUGUGUGGAUUCGUCGCGGAGGUCGCCCCGUUCUUGGUUUUCUUGCUCGGAAUGAUUUUGUCCAGCGUGGCAUUAAGCAGUUCCUACGUGAUUUUGUCUGUUCUUUCGCCCAAUGAAGACGUGGCUCAACCGUUAUCCUCGCUCUCCACCGUUUUAUUCAGCGUUUUCGCAGGUUUUGUGGUACCCAUGGCUGAAAUUCCAGCGUAUUUUUCGUGGUUGUACUGGCUAAACCCCGUGACGUGGUGUGUGCGCUCGGUGAUCGUGAGUCAGUAUCGCUCUCCCAGCUUUGAUGUGUGCAUGUAUGGCGAUAAAAACUAUUGUGAACGGUUCAAUUCGACCGUAGGGGAGUAUCUGUUGUCGCAGUACGACGUGCCGUCAAGAGAAGGGUGGGUCUGGGGUGGUAUGGUUUACCUGGUUGUCGCGAUUGUUCUCUUCGUAGCAGUAGCAAAUUAUUUCCUCGAGCACAAGCGAUUUGAUACUACGUCGGUAGCAAACAACGUCAAUUCGAGACUAACAAAACACUCAAAGAAGGAGGAGGAUAAACUUCAAGUGCAGCUGAAAGAACAGUAUUCGAACGCUGGAAAUACUGACUAUUACUUCAAGAUUGGAUCUUUAGUCUCAAGCACAAGAUUAAAUCUUGUAUCCGAUACUGCCGAUGAUAAAAAGCAGUUUAAACCGGUCACAUUGGCUUUCACGAAUCUCUGGUAUUCGGUGAAAACGGAUCACAAGUCGAUUGAUUUACUCAAGGACAUUAGUGGGUACGCACUUCCAGGUACAAUGACGGCUCUUAUGGGGUCCUCUGGUGCUGGUAAAACCACGCUGAUGGACGUAAUUGCUGGUCGGAAGACUGGGGGAACGAUGCGAGGAGAAAUUAUGUUGAAUGGCUUCCUCGCUACUGAAAGAGCGGUACGACGCUGUACCGGGUACUGCGAACAACAAGACACUCACUCAGAAGGGUCGACAAUCCGCGAAGCUCUCAUGUUCAGCGCUCUGUUGCGUCAAGACAGCAGCGUCUCGACAGAAGCUAAGUGUGGAUUUGUAGAGGAAUGUUUAGAUCUUCUAGGCUUACGUUCGAUCGCUGACCAAGUGAUCAGAGGUCGGUCGCAGGAGCAGAUGAAACGCUUGACAAUCGGCGUGGAGUUGGCUGCACAGCCCAGUGUUCUCUUCCUGGAUGAGCCUACAAGUGGCUUGGAUGCCCACUCAGCGAAGAUGAUCAUGGAUGGCGUACGAAAAGUGGCAAAUACCGGACGCACGGUCGUGUGUACAAUUCAUCAGCCAUCGCCCGAUAUUUUCUUUCUCUUUGAUAGUUUGUUGGUGCUAAAACGUGGUGGUGAAAUGCUUUUCUUCGGAAAUUUGGUCAAUCCGUUUCCAGAUCAACGUGAAUGUGGACAUUUGAUCGACUAUUUCGAGUCGAUUCCAGGCGUUCCUCGCCUUCCUGAAGAUCAGAAUCCUGCCACUUGGAUGCUUCAAUGCAUUGGUGCUGGUGUUGAAACUGUGGGAAAUAAUCAACAACAUGUCGACUUUGUACGCCAUUUCUAUCACAGCCACGAAUACCUAUCUCUCUUUCAUCACCUGAACCAUCCGGGUGUCGCUAAACCUGCGCUGGAUCAGUUAUCAGAGGUCACUUUUGACAACAAACGUGCUGCCAAUUCGUUGGUACAGUUAAGUUCAUUGAUUAGGCGGUUCUUCACGAUGUAUUGGAGGACCCCGUCGUUCAAUCUUACGCGUCUUGUGAUUUCGCUGGGUCUAGGAUUAUUUUUCGGUCUUUUACUUGUUCGUGGAGAUUAUACAAGUUACCAAGGAAUUAACUCGACAGUAGGUGUGAUCCUGAUGACAAUUCUUACCCAAGGGAACAUUUCUUUCUACAGUGUUCUUCCGUUCACAGCCGUGGAACGAGCUUCCUUCUACCGUGAGAGGAAUGUACAAACGUACAACGUAUUAUGGUACUUCGUGGGGUCAACGUUAGUCGAGAUUCCGUAUGCUUUUACUAGUGGAUUGCUAUUCUCCGCCGUCUUUUAUCCAAUGAUGGGGUUCUCGUCUCUAACGACAGGCUUGCUGUACUGGAUCAACGUGUCGCUUUUUGUACUGGUGGAGACUUAUCUCGGACAAUUUUUGGUAUACGCUUUACCAACACUCGACUUGGCAACAAUUGUGGGUGUCCUUUUCAACUCAUUCUUCCUGCUUUUCUCUGGAUUUAAUCCACCGGCAGCAUCGAUUCCCAUUAUGUACAAGUGGUGCUAUUACAUUUCUCCACAUCGAUUCUCGUUGUCGUUGCUGGUCGCACUCCUUUUCGGUGCAUGCUCUCAAGAGCAGGACAGCAACGAGAACACAGUAUCACUACAAGAUGGAACUCAGCAGACCGGCUGCCAAAUCCUUGAGAACGCCCCGCUGUCGAUUAGCCGCAUCACCGUCAAGGACUACAUCGAUCAGGUCUACAAUAUCAAGCACGACGAUAUGGGGCUUUACUUCAGGUGUAUUCUCGUCUACAUUAUCGCCCUUCGUGUACUUUCACUACUUGCUCUUAGACACCUCAAUCACCAAAAUCGAUAA